UUUAUUUUUUAUUUGUUUCAUGGUAGAGAAUAUGUCGUAUCAAACUGAUUCGGAGGCAUUUAAAAUAAGUGCGAGUGCAGUGAAAAGACAAGGGAACGAUCUCCAAUGUGAUGAUGAAGUUAAAAAAUUUAAAUUAGAGAAGAGUGCAAAUGCUAUGCUGAUUCCAGUUACACAAGCCCAAACUAUUAUCUGCAAUAAUAUCUUUAAUACAAGCAAUUUAGGUAAUAAAAAGAACUUCAAGUCGAGAAAACAAGCAAUUGAAACCAGCAAUGUAUCGAGUGGCUAUCAUCUACUUUUAGAUGAAACAACGUUAAGUGAAGAAAGUACGGAGUCAAUAUGUACCAAAAAUUUUUCCAGUGUAAAUAGUGAUGAAUUGAUGAUGAUUAGAAAGCAAGGAAAUCUAAAGGAUAAUACUUGUGGAAUAAAUGUUGACUUUACUGGAGAAGAACGUAUAAUGCAUGCUGAGGGAGAGAAAACGUUAACGAGUUCUUCUCUAAUAAAUAACCUAAAUUCGAAAACCCCAGUUAAACGACUUCAUUUAGGAGUAUCCGAAACCAAGAAAGCUUUAGGAGAGGGUAUUGAUGUUAAAGUUAUUAGUAAUGAACAAAGUGGGAAAGUUUCUGUUGUUAAUGAUAAAAAAAAUGAUCAAGCACUUCUUUCAGCAACUAGUGGUGCUACAACUCCUCAAAAUACCUUUACAUAUAGUCGCGUUUGCACUGUUAGCAAUGUCACUACUGGAACCACAGUGGAUCAUUUAAGCAUGAAAAGUUUGCAAGGAGCCGUCAAAAAUCAAUCUCUGAUGGUUACCUCAAAAAAAAUUCCACCCGAAGUAACACAAACACAAACAACGGCAAAAGUAUCAAUUGGAAAUACCACAAUAUCUGUGCCUCUACUAAAGCCUAUGAAUCCAACGCAGAUUAUACAAGCAAAUACAUCCGCGUCAACUGAAGCUACGAAAAGCGUUUUGCAUACUUUACAAGCAGGUUCGGGUCCAUCAGCUCAAUUCAGUAAAAUACUCAAUAUCAAACGAGGUCAGAAAGUAACGCAUCCAACUUAUCUUUCCCUAGCUCAGGUUCAGAUAAAGCCAAUAACACAAGCAAAAAUUGUUCAAGCCAAAGUGGUCAGUAAAAAGAUUCCUUCCCAUAUGCAAGCAAUACAGAAUACAAAGACUUCAUUAAUUCAGCAAAUUUCUGGAGUUGUAACUAUUACAUCGUCCAAACAAGAUCAAACCAGUCAGUUGCAGCAACAACGUUCUAUCAAUCAGAUCUUACCUUCCACUCUGAAUAAACCGCAACUGAGUUUUGUUAAAGAAAUAUCUUCGGGAACAGUAAUAAAAACAACAGAAGAUAUUAAAAGUUCAGUCAGCUCCGCAACUAAUGGUACGGAACAAGUAACAGCAACAUCAGGGACCUCGAUACUCACAAAUGAUUCCUCUUUUAAAGUCAUUGAAAAACAAUUACCUAAAAUUAUUGCUGGAGGAAAAGAAGAAACAUCAUCUGUCGUGGCAACGGACUUUUUGCCUGCAAAUGUUAAAUUGAUACACACGACUACAGCAGGUCACUUAAACACUUCGAAUAUUCGAUCCUCUUUAACCGCUCAAAUCGAACAAAUUGAUCAGAACAUAAACCAGCAACAGCAAAAUCAACAAAGAAUUAACAUUGGUCCCACGAUAAGUAUUGUGCGCCAAAAUUCCCCUCAAUUAGUUACUACAUCUAGCAGCGCCCCUACAGUAUCAUUAGGUGUAUCGGAUACCAUGUGCACUCAACAAAAAGUUAUUUUGACAAAGUCUCAAUUUGGAAGUAACACCAGUUCGCCAACUAUUGCAACUUCCGUGUCGAAUUUGAACUCUAUGGCGAUCCCUCGUAAUAUAUCAUUAAUGUUGGCAAAGAGCUCUGCAAGUCAACCUGUUAUUACCGGCGCGAAAAAUUCUUUAUGUGUCACUACCAGCGCGAACAAGACCAACUCAACACGUCUUAACCUUAAUGUAAAUUAUAGUGUGCCCAAUAGUAGUUCGACAAUUUUUACGCAAACGGAUACCGAUGCGGGCAGCUCGACAGAACCAAUUCCGCAAGCACAGGACAAUACCGGAUCUUCGCAAAGUAGGAAAAUUAUUCAGGUUAUACCUGGAAGCCUUUUUAGUGGCAGUGAUAAUAGUUUUGUGCAAAUUUCAAAAGCUAAACUUGACCAACCAGAUGAGGAUAAGAAAAAGCAAUUGGAUGGUAGUAGUGUUGAACAUUUCUCGCAGCAACAGAUGCAACAUGCUCAACAACAACAGCAAACGCAAACAUUGCAUUUGCAAACCCAAGCAUUCCCCCAAUCGCAGCAAAGCAGUCCACAACAACAGAUGCAACAUCAACAAAAUCAGACAACGCAGCAAAUUCAAUUACAAAUUCAACAACAAUCCCAUAAUAAUCAACAGCAUUCACAAAAUCAACAACAGCAGCAGCAAAGCGCCUUAAAACAAAUUCAAACCAUGCAAACUCAUUCACGGCAACAGCAGGUGCAACAACAGCGUCAACAAUUAUUACAUAAACAUCAAAUUCAGCAACAAAUUCAAAAACCUCAACAACAACAACAACAACAGCAGCAGCAUGCAUCUCAGUUAGCGGAAAUUCGUAAACAAGAAAAUAGUAACAGUAAACCUUGCUCUGAAAAUUCAAACGAUACUGACAAAUUGCCACACACGUCCAUUUCUUAUACAGCUAACUCAAGUAAUGUUGCCAAUAUGGAAUCUAAUGUUCCAUCUAAAGUCGAGGAAAGCAACAAUGUCUUGCUUAAACAGCUCUUGCAAAAUUCAAAUAUUACUCCGGCCAAUAGUCAGAACUCGAUGACGAGUAGCAACAAUACCUCUCGAUCGUCAGCGACCGCUAACUUGCCGGCUCGGAAGGUAAUUAAUGUUCGUGCUCCUAGCUUAGGAUUAGUUAGUUCUUUGGAGGCCCAACUGGCUCGGCCUGUUAUACCUCCGGUUCCAGCUAGCGAAGCAAAUUCUAACGCGGCAGGUUCAUCUAAUGCUGUAUCCGUUAGUUCAAAUCAAGACAUAAAUAAAGCUCACGGGCAAGAAGCGUCACCAAGUGUGACUUCGCCCAUUUCUAUUACGUGCUCAAUGCCGGGAAAUUCAUCAUUCAUAACUUCUAUCACCAAAUCAAUGACACAGGAUAGCAUUGGUGGUGAUAAACCUAAGGUUUCGUCAACACUGAUAUCAAAAGAAACCUCAUUUGUAUCUAAGCCAUCUCUGAAAUUGGAAAAAUCUGAUCAUUCGGAUCAAAAUCUUGAUAUGUUUGCUCUAUCGCAAAUAAAUGAUAAUCAAAAAGCUGCCACUGAAUUAUCAUCACAUUCUUCCCAUGUUCCGAAUCAAACUUAUAAAAUGUUUGCUGAAAAUGCCCUGCAUAGCACGGAUGUUACUAAAGUGCAAGCAUCGUACCAAGAUGUUAAAAAACCGCCUGAACAAGUGGUUGUGACAAAAUCGCAGCAGCUGCAUCAAAACCAUCAAGUUGUCUCAAGCCAACAAUACAAUACGUUAACUAAGGGAUCUAAUCUAACUGCCAUGGUACAGAAUAGGGAUAACAGGAGCACUGAUGAUAAAAAGUCGCAAUCGACCUCUGCAAACGGAGCGAAUUCACAAAUUUUAGCUGUAACUAAUAGUACUACAUUUUUGGCUAAGACGAUAACUGAAGAUGACCUUAACAACAGCAAUAGCCAUAAGCAAAUGGAAUGCUUAACCAACUCACCUCAAGUUCAAAACCAAGGAACUGUUCAAUUCCAAACUGAAUCCAAAGUGAUAAAAAUUGAGAAAGAUAAUUCUACAAAAUUAACAGACGCUGGCGAUAUACAGACAGCUCAGUUACAACAUCAGCAAAAUAUGAUGCAACAUCAGCAAGGUACAACUACUUCAGCUCAAUCAAGUGCCGCCGCACCUAAUAUUAUGCAGCUAAAUCCAACCCAUUCGGCAACUUCGCUUAUUACUACGGAUUAUUCGCCGAGCUUGGCUGCAAGUAGCAAUAAAAUGCAUCAAUUAACAAACACCCAAGGUGAUCAAACUCCCAGCAAAGAUGUCGAAAUACGUAGGAAACGAAAACGGGAACAACAAAAGCAACGUCGCCAAGUGUGCAGCAAUACAAAAGAUACUAACGCAAAUACCUCAAAUACUUUUGCUUUUAACUCUAAUCCUGUUAGUUCAAAAAAACGUUCUCGGAAGUCGCACAAGUUAGAGGAAGAUUACGAUAGUUUUAUAGACAAUUUGCUUUUGCAUAUGCGACAAAUGCAGCCUCUACAAGUUUUGGAACCGCAUCUUAGUGUAAAUUAUGAUGUUUGCAAGAUAUACGGCUGGAAAAAUAGCGCACGUUCGGCAGACAAUAAAUCACCUGUUAAAGAUAAUCGUCAAACUGAAAAAGUGAAUAUAUUACAGAGAGAACUUCAGGGAGAGUACGGCUCUGCUUAUUUACCAAACAAAGUGCCUUUUUAUGAUUCAAUAAAUUUUAAUUACCAAGAUAAUAAGGAUGACUUACAUUCAUCUACAAUUCAAAAUAAUUAUUAUGAUCAGGAAUUCUCAUCAUUUACGUACAAAACGGAAUCGGAAAAGCUUUCCGCUUGCAUAAAAUUGUGCAGAGAGCGUUCCGUUGACACGUCGGAAAUUAUAUGCAACAGGAGAACAGUACCAAUGGAGCCGGUAAAAGCAAUGCGUUUGAAUAUGUUGCAACAAGAAACAUUUCCCGGUUUAAUUUUGAUGAGCAGUACGCAACAGCGUAUGGGUCGUAUGUCGCCUGUGAUUCCAUUUGUAAGUUCAAUGGCAUUAAUAACAAAACGUAAAAAAAUACCUUUGAAGUCUCAAGAGAAUGAGAAUUUGAAUGGAGUUUCUACCAAAGAGGAUGAUCUCGAUUCUAAACAUGAAAUGAAAAAUGAUGUGAAUACACAAACCGUUAUAUUAUCGUUGCCAUCGUCAUCCGCUGAGCGGAUUUUAGAUGUAUUAAAAAAUCUCGCAAAUAUUUUGCAAAUAACUGCUCCUAUUACUUAUCGAGUUUUAGAAAAUAACUCUGCGCUAGAUACCCAAAGAAUAGUGGAGCAUACGCCGUUAACGAUGAGUAAUCGUAAGCAGCUAAGUAAAUAUCUUUCCAUACAGGAUAUAUUAAAUGGAAAAUGUAAAAUGUGCCGCAAUUGUGGUAAGGCUAUUAAAAAUCGUUGUUAUAGAAGCUCAAACGACAAUACUAGAACUAGUCUGCAUUCCAUAUUGGUGCAGCCUACACAGCAAAGGUAUUUCUGCACUAAGCUGUGUUACGUCCAAUUCCGUUGGUGCAGUGAAAAGAAAACACCUUACAAUAAAGCCAUUCUGGGCAAUUAUGAUGACCAGUGUGCAAUGAUAGCGGGUAGAAAAGCUAGUUUAAAAUCUUUAUUGGAUUGUAGGCCGAAUGCUCUUUCUGAAACUACCAGCGAAAAGCCUAAAGCUAAAAAGAUUUGCUUUCGUUAUUUUAAUUCAAAAUGUUUUCAAUCGACAAGUUCGAUCAAAAAAAUGAGCGAAAAGGAAAUUCGGGAUUUAUUAUUUAAGAUGGACAUUACUAUGUCAGUUAAUACAGCCAAUGCCGCUAUCGGUGAUCAAGGCUCUUAUGCGCCGCUGGAAGAUCGAAGGCAAUGCGUUUUAUGUUCUCAGAUUGGUGACGGAGUGACUGAUGGGCCUUCACGUCUAUUAAAUUUUGAUGUUGAUAAAUGGGUACAUUUGAAUUGUGCUCUAUGGUCAGCUGAUGUGUACGAAACCGUGAGUGGUGGCCUUAUGAACUUCCAGGUGGCUUUACAAAUUGGUCUUAAUCAGAUUUGCAAUACAUGCCAGCAAUUAGGAGCCACAAUAAAGUGUUAUAAAUCUCGUUGCGGUGCUAUUUAUCAUCUGCCGUGUGCAAUCAGAGAUCAGUGUGUUUUCUAUCAAAAUAAAACUAUUCAUUGCCAGGUUCAUGCUUCUCGUAACGAUAAGGACAAAGAGCUCAACAAUCUUACCGUGCAACGAAGAGUUUACGUGGAACGCGAUGAAAAUCGUCAAGUUGCUGCAAUUCUGCAUCAUUCGGAAUUAAUGAACUUAUUGCGUGUGGGCAGUUUAAUCUUUCUAAACGUGGGUCAAUUAUUGCCUCAUCAACUAGAAGCCUUUCACACUGCAAAUUUUAUAUAUCCCAUUGGUUACAAAAUUGUGCGAUUUUACUGGUCAAUGCGACGUCCGAAUAAACGUUGUCGUUAUAUUUGCUCAAUAGCAGAACUAAAGGGCCAUCCGGAAUUUCGCAUUAUUGUGCAAGAACCUUUAGAGCCAGAUAUAGAAUUGCGUGAUGUUUCACCGAAGGCUGUAUGGCAGAAAGUCUUGCAAUCGGUUGCUGAAAUACGAAAAGCCCAUAAUUUGGUUAAAUUGUGCCCGGAAUACAUUACAGGUGAAGAUUUAUUUGGUUUGACCGAACCCUCUAUUGUGCGGAUUAUUGAAAGUUUACCCGGUGUGGAAACAUUAACCAACUAUCGCUUUAAGUACGGAAGAAACCCAUUAUUAGAUUUACCUUUGGCGUUGAAUCCUUCCGGAGCAGCACGUACCGAGCCUAAACUUAGACAAUUGAUGGGUUGGAAGAAACCACACACUCAACGUACCUGUAGUGCUUUCAAUUUUAUGGGUCAUCAGUCGAUACCAUCGGUAACGGCUGCGGGAGAAGCGACUUGCCCGUAUAGUAAACAAUUUGUGCAUUCCAAAAGUUCACAGUACAAGAAAAUGAAACAAGAAUGGCGCAAUAACGUUUAUUUAGCGAGAUCGAAAAUUCAAGGAUUAGGGUUAUAUGCUGCUCGUGAUAUGGAGAAACAUACCAUGAUUAUUGAGUACAUUGGCGAAGUUAUACGAACUGAAGUUUCAGAAAUUCGGGAGAAACAAUACGAAGCGAGAAACAGAGGCAUUUAUAUGUUUCGUUUGGAUGAGGAUCGUGUCGUUGAUGCAACUUUGUGCGGCGGUUUAGCGCGCUACAUAAAUCACUCUUGUAAUCCGAAUUGUGUAACCGAAAUUGUGGAAGUCGAUCGGGAAUUGCGUAUAAUAAUAUUUGCUAAACGCAGAAUUAAUCGUGGCGAAGAGUUGUCAUAUGAUUACAAAUUCGACAUAGAAGAUGAUGGAAACAAAAUACCGUGUAUGUGUGGUGCACCUAAUUGCCGGAAAUGGAUGAACUAAUCAUAAUUUUUAUUUUUCGACUUUUCUUGGUUAAUUAAGCUUAAAGUUAUAUGUAUUCACAUAUAUUCAUAAAAAAGGAUGGGGCGAGAUUAAAUUAUGUAACAAAUGCAGAUUUUGAAAAGUUUCAACAACUGUAUAAAAGAACCAUAACCAAAAAAAAUUAUUGAAAUGUUUAUCCCUUAUAUAAUGCAAUGCAUUUUUAACUCAACCUUAACCUAUUGCUAAUAUGGAAUUAUGUUAAUGUAAUUUUUUCUUUUUAUUGAUAAGGAAGUUUUCUUUUUUUUGUUUUACGU